AUGGCGAGGUCGACACCCGACGAUGACGGUGCCUUCGUCCCGGCUGCCACCCGCGGCGCCGAGCUCCGUGACAGAUUGGCCGCCAUCCUCCCCAAGGAUCGCCGCUUUCGCCUCCAUCACCUCUCGACUCCUCCCUUCAGGACCGACGCCCUCUUCUCGCCGCCGCCCGAGGAGCGCCCCGACCGGACGUUCUGCGAGAAGCAUUUCCUCGCCGUCUCCGUCGACGUGCCCCAGCGGCCGGAGAAGCAAGUUCUCGUCCUUGCCAUCGAAAUCUUCCUCUUCACCACGUCCCACUCGACGACGCUCUUCGUCUCCAAGGCCGACUCGACCGGCUUCCUCCACCUCCUCCAGCUCCCCGCGGGAACGGCGAGUCCGAUACGGCAGGUCUGCGGCGCCUUCGUGGCGCACCUCGUCGAGACGCGACGGCGAAGGAAUGUUCAGUUCAUAGUGAGCCUCUUCGCCAGGGCCCAGGGCCAGUACCUGUUCCCCGGCAGCGUCGAGAACGCCGGCAAGCAUGUCCUCGACGACCGCGGGCUCGUCAAGUGGUGGGUCCGCGUCCUCGAUCCGCUCAUCUCGUCGCCUUGGGCCGCUUCGUCGCGCCCCUGGACGUCGGCCAAGGGCUACCUCGUCGUCCCUGGCCUCGACGGCCACGAGACGCGCGCCCUCAUCCCCCGCUCGACCUCGCUCGCCUCGCCGUGGGAGACGGGUCACCCGCUCGAGCGCAUCUCCCACUACGCCCGCGAAUUCGACUGGGUCCCCCCUCGAUGCCUGAUCCCUCGAUUCCCCGACGACCCCAAGAGCCGCUUCCGUGACGAGCUCGACGAGGAGGCCCAUGGGUCAAGUGCGAUGAAGACGACGGGAAGCUGGAAGAGCGUCCAAUCGAUGGACUUGUUUUGGGAGAUGAUGGCCUUUCGCCAGGAGUGUUCGAGCGGCAGGAUGACGGGCUUCAUCUGGCUCGUGUUCGAUGACGAGAACACGAGUGAUCGCCGAAACGUGUCCAAGCCUGGCAUGGAGCCCUCCUCCAGCGGCGUAGCGUUCGAGACGCCCAAGAAGCAGCGGCUCGCCCCCGGGCCGGUGCAGAAAACCACACCAAAGAGACUCUUCCCCUCCAAGUCCGAUGUCGGGAAUGAGCAGUCGUCACGGUCCAAAGCGGACGAGAAUGGCACAACAGAGUCCAACAACAACAUCGCAGACGAGACGACGAAGAGCGGGGCAAAGGGGAGGACGACUAGGGAGAAGAAGAAGAAGAAGAAGAAGAAGAAUAAGAAGCUGCGCGGCCCCAUUCAUCCUCGCCUGCCGCGCAUCAAGACGGAGCUGCGAAACUACCUCGCCGAUCGCCCCACGUGCAGCAAGUACUACUACUGGCCCGUCGAGGGCCGCGGCGAGCGCAUCGUAUCGGAAGGCGACUAUAAGCGUAUCGUCGAGUUGCUCCUACAUUUGGACUUUGCCACUCUCGACAAAGCGACGGGAAGCACCAAGCGCUGGGUGGCCGAGGCCGGCAUGCGCAGUCGCUGGGGCAUCGAAGUAACGGGCCAGCUAGAGCCUUCGGUCUCGACGAGGAAUGGAGAUGCUGCUCCAGCGACUGGCCAUGUUAAUAACCUAUCCAUGCUGGUGAAACGGAAGAGAUCCAACGCGGUCGAAACCAAGGACGGCGACGGAGAGAGCGAAAGGAAGCCCGCCGGGGCGGAACCGGCAGAAGCCAGAGGACAGGCAACGGCAUCGUCGCUCGACGGCGGCGAGGGCAUGCCGCCGCCAAGGAAGUUGCCCAAGGUCUAG